AUGCGCCAGGUCGACCUGGCGCGCUGGUGCUUUACCCGUUUCGGCGUCCGCCCUGAUCGCUCGACCAUUGGUCGCGUGCUCAAAGGAGCUGACCGUUGGAGCGCCGUCUCCAACGACGACAACCCCGUCCGCGUGCGUGGCGGCGCAUAUCCGCAGCUUGAGCAGGCUAUGGUGUGCUGGAUUCGCAACGCCGGGCCCGCGGGUGUGCCGCUCACCUUGAUAACUGUCCGCGACCACGUUGCGACCAUGGCACGCGGAAUGGACCUACCUCCUACCUUCCGCUGCUCCGUGGGGUGGGUUCGCCGUGCCUUGCGCCGCAACGGCAUUCGGUGCCGCAGCGCAGUUGGGGAGGCCGCCGACCAGGACCAUGCCGCGGUCCGUACCUGCCAGGAGCAGCUCCUGAUGUAUCUCUCCCUCUGUCCGCGCGACGUCUACAAUUUCGACGAGACGGCUCUGUUUCUUUCGGUCUUGCCGCGCAAGACGUACGGCGGGUCGCGCGUGCCGGGGCGUAAGCUGGCGAAGGAGCGCCUCACGGCCGGGUUGCUCGUUAACGCGGACGGCAGUCACGCGUUCCGGCCUUUGAUCAUCUCCAAGUCCAAGCGCCCUCGCGACUUUCUGCCCGACUACGACCCGGAGGAAUUGUGCUACUGGCGUCACAACAAGAAGGGCUGGAUGAAUGCGGCGUUGUUCACUCACUUCAUCGGCCAACUCAACGCCGCCAUGGUCGCCGAGGACCGCCAGAUCGCCAUCCUCUUGGACAACGCAAGCAGCCACGUGCUGAAGGACGACGAUGCCACGUUGGAAGACCUUUUCGGCUUCCGCACUCGCAUCGUGGGCAACAUCCGGCUUGUCUUCCUGCCGCCCAACACUACCGCCUUCACUCAGCCACUCGAUCAGGGUCCGAUCGCCACGACGAAGGCACGCUACCGUCAGCACUGGCUUCACGCGGUCACGGCCCUGUGGCAGGAUGAUGGUGCCUUUCCCGUGAUGGCACGUUACCGCCCCAACAUGCGCGAUGUCAUCGCAUGGCUCUCGGAGUCAUGGAUGAAGAUCCUCGUGCGUACGAUUCAGAGGUGCUGGUGGCGCACGCGGUGCAUGCCAUGCUCGUGGGCCAUGGACCUGACGCAUGUUGGCCUGGACGGUCUCGCCAUGGUCGACAACGGCGUCAAUGCCGCUCUCCCCAUUGACCUCGACGGGGACAUCGGGGAUGUCGGCAUCAUGAUCGCCCGUCUUGGCCUCGGGUCUAGCGCCAUGCCGGCCGCCGCCUUCGUCGCCAUCGACGACGACCACCCCACAUGCGUCGACCCGGGCGAGGACCCGCUCGUCCUUGAGCCGCCAACGGGGUAUUUGGGCGCGUCAUGGGAGGCUCCAUCCAACAUGCAGGCCGUCUACGACGACGACAACCCAGAGAGCCGCGAGGCGCGGCGUUACGCACGUGCGGCGAGCGAGAUGCUCAUCGGUUACGCACGUGCCACCGGCAUCACGCCGCGCAGCCUUUGCGCGCUGUUCGAGAUUAAGAACCCGGUCAUCGUCAACCGCAUGGAGCGGGCUAGCCCCCCAAUGAACCUGAACACUGCGCCGAUGCCCAAUCCCCUGCAUGCCGCGUCCCCCGCGUCCACUCCCACGCAGGCUCCUGCCACGACCGAAGAUGCGGCCACCGCUCGCCGCUGCGGGCGCGUUUUGCCUGCGUGGAUGUAUGCACCUGCUCCCACCCGCCAGCAGCUUAUUGACUCUGGCGUGAGUGCCGUCAUGAACGGCUAUGUGGAUGCGGCUGAGUGGAUGACCCUGUGA